CAGGUAUCACUGCGCCGACAGACAACGCCUUUUUUGGUGAAAAAGCAGUUUGAAUAACCUAAUCUACGAAGCUCUUUUAUUUUAUUGCCAUUCGGCGGAUCUUUCCCUUUUUCACUCUCUGUCAAACGAACGCCGCGUUUCCUCUUUCUGACCGAUUUAUUUAUUAAUUGCGGAUAUUUGCCGCUAAGAAAUAAAGAAAGAAGAAAAAAAAACUUUCGGUUUUAACCAUGGGUUACGGUGCCAAAGAUGAAGAGAACCCAGUUUCGGAAGACGAAACUGAAGCAGAGAAACAGAAGUUGAGAACCCCAGAGAUGGGUGACGAUGUCGAAUUGAAGAAAAUACCUGUCAAGGUGAGGGAUGCUGCCUAUCCGGAAGUGAUUAUUGGAAACAGUGACCCAUUGCUGAAGGUCCAUCAUCUGAAAUAUUUGCUGAUAGGGUUUAACGGAUUCUUAACGACAUUAGGACUCGUCCUGCUAUCUCUCUCAAUCUGGAUUUAUGCUGAUGCUGAAUACACCCAGCUGGAGACAAAACUGAACGUGGACAACUUCAAGACUGUGUGCAUACUGUUCAUCGUCGCUUCCCUCAUCGUCAUCUUCGUCGGAUUCCUUGGAUGUUUUGCUGCAGUUACAGAAAGACGAUGGUUGCUCAUUGCUUUUAUCGGGAUUUUUGGCAUUAUUUUCGUCGUUGAGAUUGGAGCUGUGGUUUUAAUGUGGAGUGCACCUUACAGCAAGACAAUAACAAGAGAACUUGAGAAACAGAUAAAACUACAAAUAGAUUCAAGACCCAUAGACGAUUCUGCAAGAUAUUUCACAGAUUUCAUUCAAUCACACCUCCAAUGUUGUGGUUCUUUGAGUCCUAAAGAUUAUGGAGAGAAUGAUGUUCCCAAUUCUUGUGACAGUGAAGUAAACGGAUUAGCUUAUCAGGAGGGAUGUGCAGCGAAAAUGUUAAGUUACCUCCGCAGCAAAGCAGGCAUCGUUGGAGGAAUAGCUCUUCCAAUUCUUUUGCUUCAGUUAUUGGCUUUAAUGGCAGCUGGUUGUCUUAUCAAAAGUUUAGACGUUGAAUCAAAAUAUUUCAUGUAAAUCUUCUUUCCUUGUACUUUUAUUUAACAAACAGUGUCAAUGUUUGACAAAAAAUAGUUAGCUUGAUGUCUAAAGCUAUUUGUGUUAAAGACUAUUUGGUUGGACCAAACAUUUGAUGUUACUUUUUACUUAACAAAUUAUUUGACGUCAAGAUAUUGACAUUGAUACAUUGUAACAUGACAUUGCCAUUUUUUAAAAAUAAAAAAAGUAGAAAUAUAUGCAGGCUGUUUCGGUGUUAUCCCCCUUAAUGGGUUAUUUUUUUCAAUAUUUCUCAAUUGGGAAUCACAUAUUAUGUGUGAGUAAGGAAAAACAAAACAGUAAUCAAAAUCAAAUAAAUCAGUAUUGGGAAAAAUGCGAUUAAAAAAAAUCGAAACUUAUUUGAUUGAAGAGAAAUUAAGAGGUGAGGAAAAAUGCCAUCAUCAUUACUUUCCUAGAUCAUUACCUUUCUUUCCUAGAUCAUCUAACGAGACACAUGCUUUCGAUAUUUUUAAUCCCUCCUUCCUCAUUAGAGGUUUAUUCUGAUUUCUUGAUUGAAUUUUGUGAAUAAAAUGAUAGUUUACGAAAUUCACAAAAUCUAAUCUGAAUCUAUUAAAGCAUUUUCAUUGUUGGUAAACAGUCUCUGAGGAAAUAAACAAGACACAUUAAUUUUUUUUAAAUAGAUUUGUUCAAUUUCUUAUAAUGAUUGACAGAGCAAAUUGUUGCAUGUAGUACUUCUAUUUUAAAGUGUCUUAAUUUUUUUAUUAACUUUUCGUGUGAUUUUAUGUGUUUAUAAAUGUGUUUGUAUUUUUUUUACCUAUUUAUGAAAAAUGUAAUUUUGAUUUUGGCUGAAAUUCAUAAAACAAUUGAAACCAAAUGCAAAUAGAAAUUUAGAUAGCUUUGCUCCAUUUUCAGUUUGUUCUUUAUUUCUCCUUAAAUAGAAACGAUCAGUUAGCUUUUUAUUUUAAACACGAAGCAUGUACCAAUAUGUAUUCGAAUAAUAAAAGUUUUUUGUUUUA